AUGAAAUUCCAGCUUCCUGAAGCAAGUUUCCUAAGGGAAGAAAAGAACAGGCUUCUGGGGGACAGGACACACUACUACCGGGACAGAGCCUGCUCAACACACGCCACCAGGAACACACAAAGCGCUGCCUGGCAGCUGCUGAAGCCUGCACCGUGCCUGCAGAGCAUUUGCCCUGGCUUCAUGGUCACCGCUUUUCUCCGAAGCAUCGGAAGUUUUCUUUACCAGAGAGACACGCUCUUACCAAAUCUGGGAGGGGAGGAGAGGGCGCGGCGGGAAGGGGAGGGAGACAUAGGGCAAGAGGGGCGGGCCAGGGGCCGGGCUGGCGGCGAGGAGAAAAGCGGCAUCCGGCCUGCUGGGGGCGGCGCGGCAGCGGCGAAGGGGGUACUCUGCCGGUACCAGCAUAUCUGGAACAUUGAUCUGCGUUUUCGUCCAGCUUAUCUUGGUGGCAUAAUGCAGGCAACUGGUAACAAGCCCCCAGGAAUGUUGCCAAAGCGUGCUGAAUACAUGCUGAAGGAUUUAAAAAGGUUGGGAAAAUAUUACCAAGUCCCUGUACAACUUUCAGCAGAUGACUUCCAACGUAUCCUCAAUACAAGCAGUCUUGGUGCCAUGCGCUUUAUCACAGCAAUUGAUAUGACACAACCACAGUUCUUGGAACCCAUAUCUAGAGAGUUCUGGAUACGUUUUUGGUCACAGCAUGAAGAUAUCAGUCAGCCGGCAAGUAUAUUGGCUGUUGCAAGACAGGCUGGGCUAUCAUCAGAGCAGGCCCAGAAGCUUCUUGAAAUGAUUUCAUCCCCUGCAGUGAAGGACCGUCUGAAAGAGACAACAGAGGAUGCAAUAAAAUAUGGGGCAUUUGGAAUGCCUGCUGUUGUGGCACAUUUUAAUGGGGAACAGCAUCUCUUUUUUGGCUCUGAUCGUUUAGAGCUGCUAGGAAGUGUUAUAGGAGAAAAAUGGCUGGGACCAGUUCCUUCACUUCCAAGCCCCAAGCUGUGAGCAUCCAGGGGAAAAAUGUAAAGAGAAAAAAAUAUAUGUGUGUGUGUGUGCAUAUCUACAUAAAUAACAAUACUGUACUCCUUACAAAAUGUCCCAGAGAUAUGGCAUUUAUGAAAAUGUGGUCAAUCUCUGGUGAUCAUCUGAAUGUAUGCAGUUAAAGGAGAGAUGGCUUUCUCUUCUUUAAUUACUAAUUUUACAGCUCAGUCUCAUCCCUAAAUAAGAUAAAUUUUGAGACUUCCCAGUAUUACCUGUCUGGUCAGCUCUUUACAGACACCAGGUUCCUGCUUUUCUCUCAGCAGAUUUGUUGAACAUUAAAAAUUUCUUACAGAUUAAA